UGAAACAUGGGAAAGAGUUUCUACAUCACUAAAACUGUUGGGACAGUAGGAAUUGUGUUAGCUGCUGGAGCACUAGCUACAAUCAUCACACUCUCAGUGGUCUACUCCCAAGAGAAGUUCAAGAACAACGAAAAUGUGGUUAAACCCACAGGUAAAGUAACAACAUCAGUACCAACAACAAAAUCAUCCAAUGAACCAUGGGACGAGUGGCGUCUUCCACAGACUCUCAGUCCAGAAACCUACAAUGUCACUCUUUGGCCACGGCUCCAGCCAGAUUCAACCGGACUCUACAUCUUCACAGGGAUGUCCAGUGUGGUCUUCAGAUGUGUGGAAGAGACAAACCUCAUCCUUUUUCACUCUAACAAGCUGAACAUGACACUGCAACCCACCUUGAUGGCUCUCAGAAACAAGCCAGCUCCUACCAUUGAAUCAGUUGUGAUGCACACUAAAACACAGUAUAUGGCGAUUCAUCUAAAAGAUGAGUUAACUGCUGGGGAAAGCUACGAGCUCUACACUGAAUUUGUAGGCGAGCUUGCAGAUGACUUGGGAGGCUUCUACCGAAGUGAAUACUAUGAGAACGGAGUAAAGAAAGUGGUUGCCACAACCCAGAUGCAGCCAACAGAUGCCAGGAAGGCUUUCCCUUGCUUUGAUGAACCUGCAAUGAAAGCAGUAUUCCACAUCACUCUUCUCCAUGAUCCAGCAACCAUAGCCCUCUCCAAUGGUGUUGUGAUAAACGAGGUUAACAUCACAGUGGAUGGCAUUCUCGUCACCAGGACAACAUUUGCGCCAACAAAAGUAAUGUCAACAUAUUUGCUGGCAUUUAUUGUCAGUGACUUCAGCUUCAUUGAACAAAACAUUGAAGGUCUGCAGAUUAGAAUUUUUGCCCGUCAAGAGGCAAUAGAUGCAGGACAAGGGCAGUAUGCACUCAAUGUGACUGGACCAAUUCUCAAAUUCUUUGAGAAGUAUUACAAUGUCUCCUACCCACUGCCCAAAUCAGAUCAAAUCGCUCUGCCAGACUUCGGCUUUGGUGCGAUGGAAAACUGGGGCUUAAUCACAUACAGAGAGACAGCCCUGCUGUAUGACAAAGAAAUAUCCUCAACUGGAAACAAAGAGAGAAUUGUUACUGUUAUUGCCCACGAACUUGCCCACCAGUGGUUUGGAAACCUUGUGACUCUGAGGUGGUGGAAUGAUCUGUGGCUCAAUGAAGGUUUUGCAUCUUAUGUAGAAUAUCUUGGGGCAGAUGAAGCUGAGCCUGACUGGAACAUUAAAGAUAUGAUCAUUCAUAAUGAUGUGCACAGAGUUUUCUCCAUAGAUGCACUGGCCUCGUCUCACCCCUUGUCGUCGAAAGAAGAGGAGAUCCAAAGACCAGAGCAAAUUAGUGAAGUGUUUGAUACGAUAUCCUACAGCAAGGGGGCAUCGGUACUUAGGAUGUUAUCUGAUUUUCUGUCUGAGACAGUUUUUACUCAAGGCCUCCAGACUUAUCUGGAUGAUUUCAAAUUCAGCAACACAGUGUACACAGACCUUUGGAAUCAUCUUCAAAAGGCUGUGGACAGCAGGGGUACCACUCUUCCCAGAACUGUGCAAGAGAUUAUGGACCGCUGGGUUCUUCAAAUGGGCUUCCCUGUGGUCACUAUUAACACUGCAACUGGCCAGAUCACACAGGAGCACUUCCUCCUGGACCCUGAAACUAAACCAGACAGGCCAUCGGAAUUUAAUUAUGAGUGGUUUGUACCAAUUUCAUGGACAAAGAAAGAAGCAGCACAAGCUCUAUAUUGGCUGCUACAGAAAAAUGAUCAAUCAGAUCACAUGAAAAUCAGUGGUGAUGAGUGGGUUCUGGCCAACAUCAAUGUGACAGGAUACUACAGGGUUAACUAUGAUGAAGAAAACUGGGAACGCCUACUUAAUGUACUCCAGAUAUCAAGACAGAGCAUUCCAGUUAUUAACCGGGCACAGAUAAUUGACGAUACUUUUAACCUGGCCAAAGCAGGAAUUAUUGAAACGACACUGGCUCUGAGAACCACGCUGUUCCUAGCCUCUGAAACGGAGUACAUGCCGUGGGAGUCUGCUCUCGAUAACCUGGACUACUUUUACCUCAUGUUUGAUCGCACAGAGGUGUACGGCCCCAUGCAGACAUACGUUGGUAAACAGGUGAAAGGUUUGUUUGAUCACUUCACAACUCUUACAAAUUGGGAGGAUGUGCCUCCGGGACAUACUGACCAAUAUAAUCAAGUAAAUGCACUCAGAGUUGCCUGCAGCACAGGUCUUGAAGCUUGUACGACUCUCGUCAAAACAUGGUUUCAACAGUGGAUGAACAAUCCUGAUGUCAACCUUAUUAAAGCCAACUUGAGGUCUACAGUGUACUGCAGUGCCAUUGCUGCAGGUGGUGAGAAGGAGUGGAACUUUGCUUGGGAGCAGUUUGAAAAAGCCUCUGUUGCUUCAGAGAAAUAUAAACUGAGAGCUGCAAUGGCAUGUGCCACCGAGCCCUGGUUACUGAACAGGUAUCUCAAAUACGCCUUGAAUCCAGAAAAAAUUCGGAAACAAGAUGCCACCUCUACCAUCAUCAGCAUUGCAAGAAAUGUGGUCGGCCAACCACUGGCCUGGGAUUUCGUCAGAGCCAACUGGGAGUACAUUUUCAAUCAGUAUGGAGGUGGAUCUGUUUCUUUUUCCUCUCUGAUCAAUGGUGUCACACAGAGAUUCUCAACUGAAUUUGAAAUGAAACAGCUGAUACAGUUCAGGGAUGACAACGCUCACAUAGGUUUUGGUUCAGGAACCCUAGCCAUUCAACAAUCCAUCGAGAGGACUACUGCCAACAUCAAAUGGGUCAAAAAGAACCAACAAGCAAUCUUAGACUGGUUUAAAAAUGCAUUGUAACUCUGAAAGAUGCACAUACUGUAGUUUGUUCUGAGGAGGAGAGGAACACUUGGAUACUGUUUUUCUUGGCCUAUAUAAGCAUUAAAGGGCAUGCUUUAGUAUGGAUAAUGUUCUAAAUCACAGUACAUUCCAGAGCUCCUUUCUUCCUUCCUUUCGUCUUAUAUUAUGAUGUAUAGUAUACAAAUAUCUUACUUUAAUGUGAGCCUUAUGUUAUAGCUGUCUGCUUUACCUUUACACUUUUUUGUAAAAAUAAAUUGUAUAAUCAUAAAAUAACUAGAGUAGUUAUGAAGUAGAAUGAAACAGAACUGAAUUAGCAAAUAGAACAUAACCCUUUGAUAGGAAUGAAUUUGACAUGUUGUCUAACAAAUAUAAAAAGUCAGUAAUUUUAACUAAUUUGCGUUUUUUUCUUUUACUAUGAACUAUCAUUAUUUUAAUAUUGUGUGAAUAUGUAUCUUACAUGUUGUCAUUUGAACAUCCAGUCAGUAAAUAGCCUUGUCUCACAAAACAGUUUACCAAUUUCAUAAUCUGACUUUAAUAAGAGACUUUUACAAAUUAAAUAAAAAUAAAAUAAUAACUCAUAGUUCAGUGAGGAAGUCAGUUGACAGCAACAGAUUCAAUCACUUAAAGAGUUGACAAGUGAGACAAACCUCUAUCUGUAAAAUUAAUUCAAGGCUGUUUUGUUUGAAUCUUUCGUUAAAAAGAACCAGAUCAUAAGAGUCAUAAUGUAAUGAUGUCUAAUACCUAAUACCUCACAAAUUUUUCCAGAUGGUUGCCAAUAGGAGAUACUGAGGCGCCAUAAGAAUCCAUGUGCGGACGUUUAAUAAAGGCUUUUACAAGAAACAGAUAUGGGAAGGCAAGCAGUGUAUCAAAACCAGAAGAGAAGUCCAAUACACAAGGGGUAUCCCAAAAUGCAAGAGUGAUCCAUAUCAGGCAAACAAGGCAGAGGAUAAGUCAGAGAAUCAGGCAGGAUCCUACACAGAGUAUCAGGCAGAAACCCUGUUUAUUGGGUAGAAUUUCAAAAUAUUGCAACAUUCAAAACAAAUACAAACAGUUACAUUCAUUGAAAAAUGUAAUUACAUUAGAUAAUUUCGCCAUGCCUGUUUUUCUGAGCUUUUUCCCACAAUUCUCCAGCAUCACUAAAGACUAAUAACUGUAUAAACAUGUCAGGGAAGACGCAUGCCAUAACAUAUUAUCUUAGUGCACCCUCAAAUGAUCAGGUUAUCAUAUUUUUUCACUGGCUAAAGUUAAUGGAUAAGCCAUUAUACCCUUUGGAUUG